CCCGAAAUAUGCACACAGUCCUCGCAUUUUUGUUUCGGGCGGGCUGAAGGGCGGGAAAAGAGAAAACCCCUUCGGUUCCAGACUUCCUCUGUCAUUUCAAUCAUUUGGUGUAGAAACCCUCCGACGCUCCAACUAAGCUGUAAUGGAUGCGCGAGCAAAAUAGCCCAGCGAUCAAUCGGCCCCUCUGACUUCGCAUUCCGACGUAAUCCGCAUCUGUAAUUUUCCGGCGAAGAGCGGCCGCACCAGAGCAGGAUGUCUAUCCAAAACCCUAACAAGAAGAUUCGCAUCGAAGGAGAAGCGGAAGAACCACAAAUCGACCGAUUGAGCAGUCUUCCGGACCACGUCCUUCACCACGUUCUCUCCUUCUUCGACGAUACCCUAUUCUCCGUCCGAACCAGUGUCCUCUCCAGCAGGUGGAGAUCCCUGUGGAAGCACGUUCCCCGACUCACUCUCGACACGGAUUUCUUCAACAGCGCUUCAAGUUUCGCCAGGUACGUCGAUGGAGUCCUGUCCUCUCGCCUUGGCGGCAGUAACGUCGACGAGAUAAACUUCUUUCACUUGAGAUUUUCCCUGGACAAAGAGCUGUUCCAAAGGGUUGUCAAAUUUGCUGCGUCUAGCAAUUGUCAAGAGUUAAUAGUUUGUGUGGGCUAUGAUGAAAUUCUGGAGCCACAUUUGUUUGUCCCUCUAGCUGAUAGCAAUCUCAGAAGACUACGGUUCAGAUGCUCAAGUUUGGGAACGGGAUUCGGAUCUUGUGCUUUCAGCGCGCUGAGGGUUUUGGAUUUGGAUGAUUGCUGCCUGCCUUGUGGCAGCGCGGCUGACCUUGAUCCUUUUGCUAACUUUCCCUGCUUGGAGAAUUUGACAUUGUGUGGGUGUGCAAUGGAAGAUCGUCAAUGUUGCUUCAAGAUCUCCGGACCCCGACUUGUUAAACUCCAGAUAUCUGCGCUUUGUUGUUCUAAGUUGGAAAUAUUUGCGCCAGAGCUUAAGUUCUUCGAUAUCACGGAUAUCGCGAGAUCCCCAAUAUUGUACCAGUUAGCCCUUCCUUCACUUGAUCACGGUAUAAUUUCAGUGCAUGAUAACGGCCGUGUUGAAAAGAACAAGGAAGAAAUGAAGGCUAGUUGCAUCAGCUUGUUACAGGGUCUGCACAAUGCGAGUUCUUUGAAUGUGCAUUCUCAUUUUCUCGAGCUAUUGAGCAGCAAUUACGACUUUUUGGAGGAUCAAUCUUCUCCCUUUACCAGAUUGAAAUCUUUGAAAGUGUCGCCAUAUUUUCCUGAGUUCCACUAUAUGUUAUUAUCUUACCAUGUGAUCAAGUACUUCAUGAAAGGUUCUUCCCGUCAUGGACCAGAAACUAUUGAAUUUGUCUAGGUAAUUCACAAAACCUGCUUCCUUACUCAUAAUUGUAUCAGUUUCCUAGAGAUUGCAUUGCGAGAUUGACUUGUAACCUAUUCCAGAGAUACUUUCUGGGUUAGUUACCAAACGUUCUCUCUCGGGUAUUUUGACGCAUAUACACGAGACUUAUCGCAACCUGCAUACAUAUCCGAUAAACUAGUGAUCAGUAUUCGCGGUCUGCAGAGUUAUUUGUGAGACCUCUGUGGCAUACAAGCUUGUUUUCUUGGACCAAAUUAUACAAUUUCACUCCAUGUUUCUUGGCAAUAGUUGCAUCUUGCUUGUUUUCUACCAGCUUGAACUUCCAUCCUGUGCGGACUAGUUCUGUUCUUAUCUCUUUCUUUGUAACCUUUGUUGUAUUUUGGAGUUGUAUUCCUUUUGCUCCUGGACAAGAAUUUUUCAGUGAAGAAGAAGAGGAAGAAUUGCCCUUGGGCAUUCCGUCUCCAAGGUACACUCUUCUUAACGAUAUCGAUGAACAUAUUCUUUGAACCAAAAUAAAAGCGGUCUCCAACAUUCUUUUAUUUUUAUCACUGCAGGAUGUGGUCAAUGUAUACAAACCAGACUUAUUGCAGCUUCCAGUGGAUGAUGCAAGUUGGAAAGCUCCUCCAAGUUGAAUUGGUAAUCACUACUUGCUGGAUUAUCAACUGCAGCCAUAUGAGCGUAAUUCUGAUGGAGAAAGCCGGUGGAGGAUCCAUCUGCUUCACAGGAUACUUCAGGAAUGGAAAACUGGACAUUUCCAAGAGACGUGUAAUACUCCUCGGAACAAUGGACAGCAGUAUAGGGGUAUCUUUCAUUUACAAUGCCAGAUUCUUGUGCUAACUGGAAUUCUUCUCCUGUAUGGAUAAUAGAAUUAUCCCCCAAACCGUUAGCUGACUGAGAACAGGCCAUGAUUGUUGACUCCUGACUGUACUCUGAAAUAGAUCCAAGUUCCAUUUACCCUUUUUGACUCAAUUAGGUUUCCCUUCCGAAACAAUAGAUUCACGAACCAACGGCCAGCUAUUCCUAUUCUGAAUCUGGAUGCUAACCUUUCAAGCCAGUUCUCCUCGGCAAUGAUUCUAGAUCGGCAUCGGUCAAAGGGAGAACGGUCAGAUCAUCUGCCUAUAGUAAUGUCAAAGCAAGAGCUAAGCUAAUAAGAAAGAGCAACUAAUGGAGACUUUCCCACCUAUUUUUCAAAUUUAUGGAGAAAGUCGAAAGGAGAACUAGAUGCUGAACACAUGCAUCGAACAGGCAUCUCAUCAUCCCCACUAUUUUGCAACAUGGAAGAAGAUGAAGUUGUGGGUUGAUUUUGAUGCAUGACUAGUGGAUGGCCUUGAAACUGUUCUAGUAGACCAGAUGCCAAGUAAGAAACCAACUUCUUCACAGAACUAUUCCAAUGGUUCUUUAUAGCAUUAUCCGUCCUGUAAACCCCCAGAAUCAAAUGAAUCAAUUAUAACUCAACUGGCAACAAAAACUCCUCCAAUCAAGCCAACUAAAUAAGUUAACAAGAACUGUGUGCAAAGGUAAAAGAAGAACUGAUAUUUUAAAAAUAUUAAUAAUUAUUAAUUAUUAAUUAAUUAAUUAAUUAUUAAAGUGCAAGUUGCCGCAUGAUUUUUUACUGUUCCUUACGAAAUAUGCGCAUAACCCCAAUUAAUUAGAGAAAAUACUGUCCAUUAAGGCCAAGGGAUUAUAUUAUGUGGGUGUGUCUAGAUUAUUUCCGUGUGGAGAUUCCUGUCGGUUGACCAAGCAUUAGCCGAGAUCCUUCGGCUACCACAGAGGGAAAGUUUUGUCUCUUUAAUAAGAAAAACCAAGGAGGGAAGUUACUUUGUCCCACCAAUUUAUUAUUAACUUGAAACUUUGGUUGGCAAACAUACUCGAUAAUUAUAAGGAUGCAUUUUUUAACAAUAAUAGUCAAAUUUUGAA